GAGAGAGAUGCCUAUGUACUUAGUGUGUGUGAGAGAGAGGGCGACACAGAAGGUUGAAAAGUCUCCAAAAGCGCCGAGUAAAAAGAUCUCGCCCCAACAAAGGGUACGAAUACGAUCACGCAAUAUAAGCAUCUCUCUCUGCUGCUUAAAGCAACCCAGGACUCUGCUGCUUAGAGCUAGAGAGGACACGGAGGUAGAGAGAGACGAAGCUAGAGGGACGCAAAACAAGCUAGCUAAGCUAGGAGGAAGAUGGGUCGCGGCAAGGUGGAGCUGAAGCGGAUCGAGAACAAGAUCAGCCGCCAGGUGACGUUCGCCAAGCGCCGCAACGGACUGCUCAAGAAGGCGUACGAGCUGUCGCUGUUGUGCGACGCGGAGGUCGCGCUCAUCAUCUUCUCCGGCCGCGGCCGCCUCUUUGAGUUCUCCAGCUCCUCAUGCAUGUACAAAACACUCGAGAGAUACCGCAGCUCCAACUACUCACAAGAAGUAAAAACUCCACUGGACACUGAAAUUAAAUACCAGGAUUAUCUCAAGUUGAGGACAAGGGUUGAAUUCCUCCAAACUACACAAAGAAAUAUUCUUGGGGAGGAUCUGGGUCCACUUAGCAUGAAGGAGCUCGAGCAGCUGGAGGACCAAAUAGAGAUAUCUCUGAAGCAUAUCAGCUCAAGAAAGAAUCAAAUGCUACUUGAUCAGCUCUUUGACCUCAAAAGCAAGGAACAAGAAUUGCUGGAUCUCAAUAAAGACCUAAGGAAGCAGGUAAUGCAAUGGCCUCCAAACAUCUCUGUGUAUACAUACCUGCAAGAAACAAGGCCAGAGAACGCGCUCCGUGUCUCCUGGGAGGAAGGUGGGCACAGUGGCGCAAGUGGGAAUGUUCUUGAUCCUUAUCAGGGGCUCCUUCAGCACCUGGACAACGAUCCUUCCCUGCAGUUCGGGUACCAUCAUCAAGCCUACAUGGAUCAGCUGAACAACGAGGACCUGGUGGACCCGAAUGAGCAUGGUCGAUCUGGAUGGAUAUGAAAUGCUCUGAUGACCCAAAAUAAAGUUGAUGCACAGCAGGGAUUCACCCUGCAGGACGCGAGACUAUGUAUUGAAGCUAAGACCUCGUGUGUGUUGUGUUGUGUGCGAAGCUUGGAACUUUAUAAAUCGUUGUCAUGCCCAUGGCUUUCUAUUUCUUUC